CUUCAUCAAUAUUCCCGCCAAAAGGAACAAUAGCACUUCCGUCCUCCGCGCAUCGUAAGCUUUGCUGUAAGUUACUAAAAAUUAAUCAUCAAAAUAGCAGUAAUCUUUGCUAAAAUACGAAGAAACAUAACAUUUUAUAUUGAUUUUUAUGCAUUUUCAAUGAUAGUUCUGCCUAACCUGUAAUUCAGGACGCCUUUCUUUUGAGGAUGCGCGGUUUGGGACCGCCAUCGCCUCCGCCAUGUUCUCGUCGUUUGAUUUCGCGCCAUUUAUUGUUUACAACGGAAGAAAGCGAGCGUCUCUUGGCCGCGGCGUCGGGUGUUCGUGAUUAUCGUCGAGGAUUUGAUGCUGACCGGCGUAGCACUUUUUAUUUGCCAUUUAUUGAUAUAAAGAAACAUUAGUAAACAUUUUAUUUGGUAAAUAUCUAUUGGCCGAAUGCCGUUUUACGAGAAGCUGAAGUUGAAGUAAUCCUUGGAGCCGACUGUCACGCCGCGGCCGCGACGCCGACGCCGCCGUGGAUCAUCAUUUUUCUUUCGCCCCCUGAUGGCCAGCACAUCUGGAUUUGCGCCUGAGAUAGCACAUCAUGAUGAAGCCAAAGAAAUGGACCUUGAUUUCAUUGAUAUUGAAUUUGUUGAUGAGCCAUCAGAUUUUGAGGAUCACCAGUAUACCAUGACCCACUCCACGCCUGUUCAUCAGCCACAGACAUUCAUCACAAAUCCUAAGGCUGUAAAACGGAGGUUGAAUCUAGACUUGCCCCAAUCAGAGCAUAUAUUUAAAACACCCAGCAAGACACCAAAGCACCGGGUGCGAACGUACUCUGAGGAGUAUCCAUCUCCAAGUCCAUCAAAAGUUGUUCCAGCUCCCUGUUUCUCUCCGUCUUCAAAGUCGCGCUACGACACUUCCCUCGGCCUUCUCACCAAGAAGUUCUUCCAGAUUCUGCGCAGCGCAGAGGACGGGGUGGUGGAUCUCAACCAUGCCACCAUCGUCCUGCAAGUGCAGAAACGUCGCUUGUAUGACAUCACCAACGUGCUGGAGGGCAUCGGUCUCAUCGAGAAGGAGUCCAAGAACAAGAUCCGCGUGACGGCCGCCUCUUCCGACCUGGACGAGCUGCGUGCGCCGGCGCCGGCCGCCGCGCUGCCGGACGACUCCCAGCUGCGCAGUCUGGAGCACGAGGAGCGCCGCCUCGACCGGCUCAUCGAGCAGGCCGGCGUGCAGCUGCGCCAGCUCAACGACGACCGGCGCGAGGCGUACAUCCGCUACCAGGACCUGCGCAGCAUCCCCCAGUUCAAAAACGACACGGUGGUGGCCAUCAAGGCGCCGCCGGAGACCAAGCUGCGCGUCCCCGACCCGGCCGAGGAGGGCGUGUACCAGAUCCACCUGCACUCGGAGACGGACGAGAUCCAGCUGUUCCUGUGCCAGGACGAGUCGGCGUCCACCUCGCACGCCGACGACUCGAUGAUGCUGUCCACCAGCUUCUGCUCGCUGCCGGACCAGUCGCCGCUCAAGGCCGAGUACCCGCUGGUGGACGCCGACCGGCCGCCCUUCCUCGGCACGGGCGAUUUGGAGCCGUCCAUUUCGGGCGAGGCGUUCCUCCCGCUGGAGCCGCUGCCGUCAGAGUCCGACUACAGCUUCGGCCUGGACCUCUCCGAGGGCGCCUGCGAGCUGUUCGACUUUUCGUUUUGAUGCCGCCCACCCCGCCGCGCUAGGGACUGCUUCGGGAGGGGAGGGGCGCUCGCCCGGCAAGUUGCCGUGUGCUGCCGCUGCCGCUAGGUACCGCUGCGUUUUUAAAGACUGGUCUCCCGGAGUGGUGGGCCGCCCCGGUGUCUCCGCCGGAGCCGUCCGUGGGCCGGCGCCCCGUCGCGACCGCGGCUUGCCAAGCUCCCCAGUCAUUUUAGAUCGAUCGUGGUGUGUGUUUUAGCUGCUGCCGCCGAUGUCGCGCUGUUUGUGUGCGUGUGUGUGUGUGUGUGUGCGGGGACUGGGAAGUGACCGUAUGAGUGGGCGCGAUGGUGUGCAUGUGACGCGGCGCGGUUUUGGGCGUCGGUGCGUUGUGUGGUGCCGUUUUGGUGCCGCGGUGCUCAGUGGUGCCACACCAGUGAUUUGUGAUCCGGUGGCAUUAUUCCGACGGUGCUCCCCUCGCGCGCGCGCGCACCGAACUGAUAUUGGGUCGGUUUUUAAGUUUGCGGACGGCUUGCUGCUCGUACCGCGCCAUCGGCGACACAUGGUUUUGUGGCCCGCAGUUUGUGCAUGGAAUCGUUUGGCUUCGCAUGCUCCGUUGCAUAGAUCGUGCGCCAUUGCCUCGGCCCGUUUGCAGUCACGCGCAAAGUGAUCCUCAUUAAGUUAACAAAACCUGAAGGGUACAAAUUCAGUCCACUGCCGUCACAGAGGCGAGGCGGGUCGGUGUACGCGCCGCGUCUCCAGUAUAGAGCACAUCAUGCCGGCGUCGGCAACGUGAUAGAUUAAAAACAACUGAUGCACUGUUGUUACUGUUACCUAGGCGUGUCCCGGUGACUAUUUGGGUCUGCAUUUUUACAUAGAGGUCUCGGCGUGGGCGUCGUGCUGGAUGAUUUCUAACGGGAGGUGAGCAGAAUGAGGCCCUGAGCGGAUUGGUGGUGUGCGUAUUAUGAGGCGAGGCUGAAGUGGAUAGCAUGUGAUGAUUUCGGCCACCGUUUUCCACAGACAGCCGUUUUAACCGGGAUGUUUUCACUGAUUUUUAGAUCAAUUUUUGUGCGAAGUUUUCUGUCUACUGUCGUGUUUUUCCUCAGAUGUCCAAAAGUCUUCUUUGUUAGGCAAGCUUUAAGCUGAUGUUUAUAUAUUUAUUUCCUGUUGUCAAUGAUUUGGAACCAGGCGUGAUCAGCUGCUGGCCGGAGAGAGAGCAUUGGUGAAAUAAACGAGUAGCGUCAAUCUUGUAGCGUUUGUGGGAUAUCUGAAGGGGCGGACAAAUAUGUCCAUGCCGUUGAAACGCCGUUGUCCAUGUCGCUUGUAAACCUGUUGCAAGACUGGGUGGGCCACCAGUUGCAUCAAGGAAGUAACAAUGUUCACUGAGAAGUCUGAACUCCACUCCCUGGUGGAUUACAUGUGGAGUUGCGAGUGGGAUUCAGCUUUUCGAAUCGACCGACUUUAUGACGUUUGACGAUUUAGUCUGUGCAGAAACUAACAUGCGUCACAUCGGGCAUGGCAAUGCUGAUGGCCGGUGUCUGCUACUGAAAAGUAUCAAUUUGGGAGCGUCUUGUUCGGGCCCUAUACUUGUUAAACAUGUUCACUGCUGCUCAGUGCUCACUGGUGCUGCUCACAGUGACCAGUGCCCGGUGAUUAUCCUGGCGUCCAUUGAGUGAUGAGCCGCCCGUCCUGCGCGAACACCGUGUCCUGUGUCCACUGUCCGUGUGUGAUGGAAUGCAUAGACCGCCAGCCACAAGCACUGGGAGGAGUCAGCUAUCAUCUGACCUCUGACUGGCCGAGCUGACCCCGGUCGGGUCACGUGACCGGUGACAGGUCGGCGGGGGUCACCGGUCUGGGACAGUUACUGAUCAGGCCGUCGGCUCGGCAGCCGGACUGGUCGCGUCGCGUGGUAUGGAGUGUGGUGCGGGGUGGGACGGUGGUCACGAGCGGGCGCUUCAGCCUGCGACCCCGGCGGAUAACCGGCCAGCGUGCUACGUGUCGCGGGUCAGUGCUGACCUCUCCCGGCUGUGUGUGACCUCUGAGUGCCGAUCGAGUGAUGACUCUGCGACUCAUCACGACCCCGACCCCAGCACGGGGUCUGACUCCGACGGUCGUCCUAGCAGCUCUCCGGCUGGUAUCGGCGACCGUCCACAGCCAGGAUGGCCCUCUCCCACUCGACAAGAUUUAUUGUGGUCCGGGGGCCGGACGGUCAUCUACCAGCGACGGGACGGCGACUGGCGGCGCUCACUGCCGUCCGACCUGACCCAGGUCGCGCGCCACGUGACCUCUGCCACCUGGAGCGGCGGCUGGUGCGCCGAGAUGCCGCCCGGCUGGCUCCGUCUGCCUCCAGUGGGACCGCCCGCCCCGGACCGAGCGCUCUCCUGGCCGCCGACCGGGUCAGACAGCACACUGCCGCUGCCUCUGGGGCUGACGGAGGGCGGGCGGACCGGCCUGGCCCUCACCAUCUCUGUCCGCCGGGGCUCUGAGGGGGCGGGAUCGGAGCUGAACCCUCGGUGGAUCAUUGACAUCGCCCAGGAGCCGUCUGUCUCUGGGACACCGUCGCUGCUGCGAGGACACAGCGUAGACAGUUCCUACUGAGGCCAAUCUGAAGCUCCACUUCGGCCGCUAGGUGGCGUCGACGGCAGUUUCGGGUCUCGUCAGCUACAGUUUACAACCGUCGCCACCAGGCUGCGCUAGUGUCGACACUACGUGCCGCUGACGACGUGAAUCAACGUUGGCUCAAGCUCAUCUUAAAGCGGCUCAUUUUAAAUUUGUAGUUUUCUUGCGUCGUUUAUGUCUGUUCUAAGUUCUAAACGGUUCUGUUUCUCGAAUCGCUAAAAAUGUGACACGUAUUUUAGAUCUCAUUGAAUUAUGUUUCAUGUUUGAAUGCUGUUUGCCCUGCUAUCCGUUGACUUUUGACCUGGGACUGAAAAUGAAUUGACCCACCUCUCG